AUGCCCGAGCACCUCGACCCAAACGCUCUCUUCGGCCACGAUACAGAAGAAAACGAUGAGAUCCGAACCCUUAGUCGAUCUCCCCAUCCCUACCACCACCUCAACACAGAGCUCCCCCAUGCCGCCCAUCGCCUAGCCUACCGUCCGUCCAAUGCGACACCGACGCCGCCGAGGACCUCGUCAGCAGACUCGAGCCGAACCCCGUCUCCUUUCCCCUCCUUCACCAAGGACUCGUCGCAGGGGAGCGAUAGUGGCACUGAAGCCGACGAUGAGCAUUUCUUGAAGGGGCUUCCGGCGCCCAAGGUGCGUUUGCACAAAGGGUUAAGGGGGCGCAAUGAAGUGCUUUCGGGCGCAUCCACGCCGCUGUUAUCCCCAGACCAGGAGGAAGAAGCCCUUCAGCGACAAAAGGAAAGAGAGGACCGGAAAGAGGCUCGCAGGUUUCUCAACGACCGCAACUACCGGCGUACCAAGGAGCUCAUUCGCCGGGUAUCCGAGUUCGUCAUUGUUGGCUCCCUCUUUGCGGUGGUUCGUUCAAAUCCAACGGUGAAGCCCGUCUUCUCCGUCUGGAGUCAAGAACUGCGCUUCCCAGCCGUACUGAUUACGUCGCUCAUGGUUCUCUAUCCUCUCCGACUGAUUGCAUGGUCGAUUCGCCACAAGACUUCGUUCAAAAAGUCGGCAAUCGCCGUCCCAACCGUUUUCGAUCCCGCCCCUAUUUUGUAUCCGCCGUCCCUGACGCUGCUGGUGUCACUUUUAAUAUCUCCUGACAAUCAGGCGGUCGUAUUGACAAACAUCGUUCUGAGCAUUUCUUCGAUACCCAAAUAUCUAAUUCCUACGGCACGAGCUCACGAAACAAUUAACCCUUUUCAAUGGGUCCUGUCUUGCAUACCGAUAUGGAUGUCACAACAUAGGACACCCACGUCGUACGCAAGACCAGCCGUCUCCCCAGAGACAGCCGUCCUUCUCUACCCGUUGCACCAAACACUCCUCGUGGUGCUGCAUUACCUUACAACGACAAGCUUGCUCACAGCCGAGCUGCAGCUGCUGUCGAUCGCCCUAAUCAACGUGCUGCUUCUCGCACAUUCACCUCAAGCCACUAUCCUCCAAGCACUCCUGUGGGGAGGCGGCGUGGGCGUCCUCGUCAUCUGCGGACCGGUGAUUCGAUGGGGGAUUGCCUUGGCUAGGGUUCCAAGGCUGCGGUUCAGGCGGGUUGUGACACCCACGAAGAAGCCGUCCGUCUUUGGGUUCCUCUCCGAAGGCUUGUCUAUGCGCCGUUUCAAGCAUGAACUGCUGGGUUCGUCGCUAGAGGAAUCAGCCUCAGAGCUAGGUGACUCCGAGGACGAGAUAAUCAAUGGGCCGUUCGCAAAACCCAUGAGAGUCAGGACGUUCGGCACGGCCGACAUGCCGUCUCAAGCAGACCGCAAGCUGAACGGCUCCCCAGACGGCAAGUCCCCAGAAUCACCAGAUAGCACCACCGUUGGCCGACGCAAUACCUUCCCGUACGCCCUGCAACGACCGCGGCCUCGAAGAUCCCUGACCCACACAUCGGCAGGCCGUAGAAAGCGCACCGCCUCGACUACCGUUCGCUCGUUCUUCAGACUGACGGAGGCCCAGGCCACCAUGAGAAAGUGGACGUACGCGACCUAUGUCUACAUCUGCAUCGUCGCCAUCAUCCUGGUGCCUGUGCGAGAGUACAUCGGCAGGUAUGCUCUGAAAGGCAACGAACCCGUCGGGUGGGCGCUGGGAUACCUCUUUGGCGAGCUGCCAUGGUUCAGGUUCAAAGUGGUGAUGGCGAAUAUCGAGAGAUGGAUCUGCUUGCCAACGCGCCAAGACGAAGGCACAAAGGCAGCCUGCCAUUUAGGCUGGGUGCAGCGCAUCCGGCUCUCCGACUUUGGCGAGGCGAAUACGCGACUGCUGAUGAGCGCCUACUGGCUUGCCGUUGUUAUUGUCGGCCUGACUGUGGUCAUCCGCUUGGACCCCAAGUACGAAGUGGACACGAGGCGAAAAGUGUUCCAUUUUAUGAUGGUCGGCAUGUUCCUACCGGCAACGUACGUUGACCCCGUUUUCGCGGCUCUGGCACUGUCCCUCGUUCUCGCAAUUUUCCUCAUUCUCGACCUCCUGCGAGCGAGUCAGCUACCGCCCCUGUCGCGACCCAUAGCCUCUUUUCUCACUCCUUAUGUCGACGGAAGAGACCACAAGGGCCCCGUCGUCAUUUCCCACCUAUUCCUGCUCAUCGGCUGCGCCAUCCCGCUUUGGCUGUCGCUGGCGACCCUCCCGCGCACUGGCAGCGGCUACCUGACCGGCUGGGAGGUACCGACGCGUGAAGUAAGCAUGGUGGCGGGCGUCAUCUGUGUCGGUUUAGGCGACGCAGCCGCAUCCCUCAUCGGCCGUCGCUACGGUCACAGGAAAUGGGUAUGGGGCGGCGGUAAGAGUCUCGAGGGCAGUUUGGCCUUUGCCGUUGCGGUGUUUCUCGGCCUCAUAGCGGCGACGACAUGGUUAAGGGUUGGGGGCUGGGCCGUUGCGGAGGACCAGCAGGUCGCCUGGCCGGCGGCUGCCCGCAACGCCGGCUUCUGCGCCAGCAUAGCGAGCCUGACAGAGGCCGUCUUGACCGGCGGAAACGAUAACGUUAUUGUGCCGGUGGUGCUGUGGACGUGUGUUAAAAGUGUAGGGGUGUAA